UGCGACAGAGACGGAGACAUGAAUGUAGAAAAUAAUCAUACGGCAGAAACAGAGACGGAGCAAACGACGGACGGCAACGAGACGAUCACCAUCCAGACAACACUGGGAGAUGAAGAUGAAGAUGUGCACAAAUGUGGACGCUGUCAGACCGAGUUCUCCACGCUGGAGGCUUUCAUCCAGCACAAGCUGCAACAAAACUGCAAACGCAUGGAGGCCAACCAAGAGGUUACUGCAGCAAAUGGAAGUUCUUCUUCAGAGGUGAAAACAGCUAAAGGUGCAUCCUCAGAUGAGCGAGUGAAGAUCACUAACGAUGAAAGCAGUGGUACUUUUGGCAGAGGUCGCAGGAAGAAAAUAGUUUCACCCAAAGUCAAUGACCAAUCCGAUGGGACGGAAGGAUCCUUAUCGGACAAUGCUGAGAGUGACAAGUCUGUUGUUUACAAAGUUAACCAGGAGGGACGCUACAUUUGCCAACUUUGUGACAAGACAUUUAAAACUACCAACAUCUUGAGAACUCAUAUGAAAACUCACAGUGACCAGAAGAACUUCUCAUGUGACCUAUGUGGAACCUCCUUUCGCACCAAAGGCUCCCUGAUUCGUCACAAUCGUCGUCACACUGAUGAGCGGCCGUAUCGCUGUACCCUUUGUGGCCAGUCUUUCAGAGAGUCCGGUGCCCUCACAAGACAUCUAAAGGCCCUCACACCCUGCACAGAAAAGAUCCGCUUUGUUCAAUAUAAGGAGAUCUUAGUCAGCAAAGAUGGUAUACAAAAAGGAGUCGAUGAUGCAGUGGCAGGCCAGCAGCAUGAAGUGGUGGUUUUGGAGCAUCAGCCAGAGGAGGAAGAGGUGGAGGAAGAGGGGAUGGUAGAGGCUCAGACUGCUGUGCUCAGUGUGGUAGAGGCUGGUUCCCACGAGGUCCUCCAUCAGGUCCACUUCACAAUGGAGGUGAAUGGAACAACGCAGGAGCAACAGGUUAGUAGAGAAACACAUUUAGCCCAGCUACUCAAACAGACGAGGACGUGCAAGAAGAAGAGCUUACACUCCUUCAAGACAGCCAAAAUGAGGUCAAUGGGAAACACCAUCAUGAAAGUGGUGCAGCGGAUUGUCAGCCAAUCGCAGGCCGCCGGCAACACGGGCAGCCACCAGAUCAUCGUGCGCAACGUGGCGAUGAACGAGGAGGGCGCCUCCAUCUCUGACUGCGGGGACACCAUCACCAUCGCUACACCAGAGAGCCUGACGGAGCAGGUGGCCAUGACGCUGGCCUCAGCCAUCAGCGACGGCACGCUACUGGCCACGACGGGUACCGUGGAGACGCCAGAUGGGACAGUAACUAUGCUGACAACUGAAGAGACGGUGGAGGAGGAGGGAAUACACAUGGUGCAGCAGCAAGAGGAAUACGUCAUCACAUCCCCAGAGGUGGAGAUACAGACUGUCAUUGUAUGAUCCACGGGGUCACUGACUAUGCACUGAUACAUUUGGCUGGACUUUCCCUGUAGCCAAGAACUGUGUAGAGUUUAUGUAAGCUCAUGUGUGAGAUUUGAUAACUUAACAAAGGCCAAAGUGUUUCUAAAGUUUAAA